AUGCCUAGUAUCCGCCCUACUCACAACAUCUUUCAGCUUGAAUGUCAAUUUCCCGGCUUCCACCCAAAUCACAAUGUUGUGCCUGCUUUAGGACCACCCCUUGAGGAUCUUCCCCUACCGCACCAGUUACCAUCUCCACCUCGUGAUGUUUCGCCUCCCCCACCAGAUUUCUCGCCGCCACCUCCAGACUUCUCGCCGCCACCUCCCAAUUUCUCAAUGCCACCUCCAGAGCUCUCACUGCCACUGCAGUCAUCACCUGUUCCAAUGGCUGGUGACGAGGAUCCAAACCCCCCAGAGGCAGAAUUCACAGAUGCGAGUGGGCGAUACUAUCACACGUACCACUCGCUCCUCAAUGGCAAGUACAUUCCAGUCUGUGGUUUGUGUUUUUAA